CUGGUUUGUUUUGUCUCCUCUUCUUGCCUCCCCCUUAUAAAGGAAGGUGAGCAUUGCAUCUUGCUCCUUAGUACUCCUCCUCCUGCAUCAUCAUCCCAAUCCUCAAUUCAGAAUUCAGAACUGCCAUUUGCUACCUUACAUACCAUACCUAGCUGAAUUGCUGUCAGUUAAUCUCUUGAUCAGAUCGAUCACCCUGCAGCUUCUUGUUGUUUCUAGCAUUUCUGGUGAAGAAACCAAAUCUUCAGCAGCUUAAGGUAGGAGAUCAUCAAUGGGGAGGCAGCCGUGCUGCGACAAGGUGGGGCUGAAGAAGGGGCCAUGGACGGCGGAGGAGGACCAGAAGCUCAUCACCUUCCUCCUCACCAACGGCCAGUGCUGCUGGCGCGCCGUCCCCAAGCUCGCCGGGCUUCUCCGGUGCGGGAAGAGCUGCAGGCUACGGUGGACGAACUACCUCCGGCCGGAUCUCAAGAGGGGGCUGCUCUCCGACGCCGAGGAGAAGAUCGUCGUCGACCUACAUGCCCAAUUGGGCAAUAGGUGGUCUAAGAUUGCGUCUCAUUUGCCUGGGAGGACGGACAACGAGAUCAAGAACCACUGGAACACUCACAUCAAGAAGAAGCUCAAGAAAAUGGGGAUCGAUCCCCUCACCCACAGGCCCCUCCAGCCGCCGCCGUCGCCGUCGCCAGAGAAGAAGCACGCAGAGAGAAAGAACACGGCGGCGGCGGCGGCGGUGGCCGAGCAGCAUCAGCACGACGAACUCUGGGAGGAGGAGUCCCCGGGAUUCUGCACCGACGAGGUGCCGAUGAUCCACCCGGACGAGAUCAUGGUGCCAUUGCGCGACCACCCGCCGCCGGUUUGCACGGCCGCCGGUGCCUCGACGCCGACGACAUCGUCGUCGUCGUCGUCCUCGUCGGUGGCCUCCUCGACGACGAGCUGCGACGAGGUCGACGCCGCGGCGCUGCUCCCGGUCCUGGAGUGGCCCGACGACGCCAUGUGCCUGAUGGAGCUCGACGAGCUGAUCGCCGCGGCGGCGCCGCCGUCCCUGCUGUGGGACGACGACUACCGCCUCCCGCUGCCGCCGCCGCCGCUAUCGCCGCCGGCGAUGUACGAGGAGCUAGACGCCUUUCAGUGCUACGACCAGCAGAGGAGCGCGUUUGAGCAGGAGGCAGCAGCUUCAGCGUGGAACAAGCUUGAGCUCUUCUAAUCAAUCAAAAUUAAACUCUGUAAAUUAUGUUUACAGUGUUUAUUAUAAUCAAUAAUUACCGAACUAAAACAGAACAGUGUUGUUUCAUUGUUCUAGUAUUGCCUCUCUGGUUAAUUGUUCCAUUGGAAUUGCAUUAGUGUAGUGAUGUGAAAUGAUCAAUGUUCUCAGUUAUAUAUUGCAGAAUUCGAUCAGUUUAUGUCAAAAAAAA